CGCUGUCAUCGGAUGGGGGACAGCUUUUGUUUUGAUUGGUUUCGUUCUCCGCUUCGUCGUCGGUUUUUGUUCCCCCAUUCGCGCGUUUUAAUUAAUUCGCUGUCCCUUCGAGGCAUCAAGUUGCCAGCAAAACGCGUGUGAUUCCGCGUGUAUCGUGGAGCUUCUAGAAUUAAAACAUAUCUAUCGCUCAGCGCCCGCACACACGCACGUUUGGCACACUACUUUCGCCAUCGCCGCCGAGGUCGGGUCAUGCAGGUUACAUAAAUAAAGAGGGGAACCGCUUCCUUUGCAACCUUCCAAAACAAACCGCUGGCGAACAUUCCGUCGACGCUUGACCGGGUGCAAAGUGCGACCCAAGCGUGGAACGGAGCGGGUGUGCCUUCCGGUGGCGAUGAAAGUGUUCUUAUGACGGCAGCUGCCACUUGCUUGCUCGGCGGCAUCAUCGUCAUCCCCGUCCGUCCAUCGGAAGGUCGUUUGUGACUAGUGCGUUUCCUGUGGUCAGUGUUAUCAGUGUUAUCUUUAUUCAAUCGGGUUCAAUUCAUUCUUGCCUUCCAACAUGCCCACCCGCUGCAGCAGUGUGUGGUGCCCAGUGCUGUGAUUUGCUCCGAUAAGCAAUAGUGUGUAGCGUUAGAAAUAAGCACGACCCGGCCAGGGACACGACAGGCAACACUGCGCCAACCCUGUCUCGGCUCGUAUCCUGCGAGGGGCAGGUGAAAGAAGCAGUCAAUAAAUCCAAUGUAUUCCGGCCAUGAAUAGCAAUACGAUCAAGAUGAAGGGAGACCAGAAGAACGAAUCGUUCAAGCUGCUGCAGCUGUCCGACGACUCGAAGAGCCUGUCCGAUCUCGAGCUGGCGGAGGUGGUAUCACAGCGCAAGCGGAAGGUCCGCAGAAAAACACGCCAACGGACGUCGUCGUACCGGGGCGAUGAAGAGCGAAGUCUGAGCGGCCGCAGCGGGCAGAUAGAUUGUAAAAAUUUCAGCAUCUGGCUAGCGGUGGCAAUGACCGUGCUGUGGCUGUUUAUCAUUUCCUACGUCACCUCCGUCAUACACGGGGAAAAUCAUCGCCUUGAGCUAGCGCUCCAGAAAGUUUCAGCAACUAGUCAAAAUGUUCCCGAAGCGCUACAGAAAUGGCACGAAACGUCGAAAAACUUGGAACAAAACCAGACCGCCCUGAACGGGAAGCUGCGGGAUAUGGAGCAAGUACUCACCAACUUCUUUACCGAGCUCAAACAACUGCGGGAAACGAUCGACAAGAAGAACGAAAACUCCCAGGAGGCACAGCUCAACCGGCUGCAGUCCAGCGUGGCCGAUCUGGGGUCGAACAUUGGCGAUGCGAACUCCCGUAUCGGGCUGCUCGAGACGCGCUUCGACACGAUACAGGCGGAACAGAAGCAGCUAAACAAAACGCUCGACGAUCUGCAGAAACUAUUCGGUCGCAUCCAAAACAGCACCGCCGUGUCGGACAUUAUCGGUGGGGACGGUGUGGCGAAGGGGAUGCAGAAAACGAUAGCCGAACUGCGGGAUCAGCUGACCGGGCAGCUGAACAAUCUCGCCCAGAACGUGACCGGCGAGCUGCAGGUGCUGAAGCAGAAAAAUCUCUGGCUCGAGUCGGACCUGAGCAAUCAGACGAAGCGCAUCGAGCAGCUGUUCGACAACACGGUCAACAUCUCCUCGCACGUCCUCUCGGUCGAGGCGGUGUGGCUCGAGGUGCGCAACAACAUUAGCGGGCUCGAGGCGGACCGGAAGAUCAUCAACGAGCAGCUCGGCGCGCUGGCGAACGUCACGACCGGGCUGCACGGUACGAUCGAGAAGGUGCAGGAGGAGUGCCAGCAGUACCACAGCAAGCUGGACGAGGUGCGAGGGAAGCUCGGCGAGCUGCAGGACCAGAUACAGCAGAACGCGGCACGGAAGGAGGUGUCGCUGCACCGGCCCGGUGAAGCGAACGGUACGCAACAGGCCAGUAAGGAGGACGGUAUGCCCCCGGUGCUGUCGCAAUUUUUCAACGAACAGCAAACGGCCGCCAGCAGCAGCAGCACGGUAAGUGCACGCAUCGCACCGAAACCGACGGCCGCACCAUCAUCAUUGUCCGCUAGCACAACCACCAUUACCACCGCUUCCUCCCUGGCCAAGCUGCUGUAUCCGGGUACGCUGGUGCAACAGUUGCCACAGUCCACGACUCCGCAACCCUCCGCCGCCGGUCAGCCAGCCAGCGCAGCCAAAGCACUCGCUGCUGGCGCUCCAGCAAGUGGAGCGGCCAACACGGCAAGCAGCAGCAGCAGCAGCAGCAAACAGGCGGGCGGGCUGUUCGAUUCCGUAAUGUAAGCGCGGAAAGGGUUUAUUUUUCGGAUGUACACGAAAAGGAAUUUAAAUGGCUUCGGUGUGACACGAUGUUCUUUUUCGGACGCUUUUCGAUGUUACAGUUAAAUCUGAGCAACAGCAACAACAGCCAGGUGUGUCGAAAAGGGGUUGUUGUGCAUCCCCUCCCCAACAAGAAGCAAACAUGUUUCAGUUGCGGACAGGCCGGACAAGGUAAACCAAAGUUUUAAUUAAAGGCGUGUUUUUGGAGCGAAUGUAAGAAGAGAAAGCGACAGAACGACAGGGAAAAUGAAGACGAAUGUGACGAAAUGGCAGGAUGGAAAGAUGGAACGCGCGCGAAAUAAUGAUAGAGUAGCAGUGCAAACGAACGUAAAGAGAAAGGGGAAUUCGUUGUGUCUGUGUGUGUGUGAUUGAAAGAGGGAAACCCGGACAGGCAGCUCGGAAGGAAACGAAAAGGAUGAACAGAACAGAGCAGGAUCGAGCAAUUACUGAAGACAGUUCGGGCUGGCAAUUGAACAGGAUUUUGGGUUUCCAUUUAUACAUUUUGCACUAAUUAGAAACACAUGUGUAGAGAACAGAAACACACAGACACAUUCACAUUCACACGCCAGAGUGCAGUUUCUUUACCAAGCAUGGUUAAGUUUUGAUAAACAAGUAGCAAAUAUCAAAUCAAAAGAUGAAAGAGAGAAGGAUCAAUUGGAGUGGAUCAAAGAAGGCUAAACACACUCCAUUGAGCAAAGCAGCAAGCAAAACACAUCGAACAAACGAAGUCGUCACAGACAUUUAGCAGAAGCGUAGCAGAUGCACCUUACUUCUUCGUAUCAAAACCGGAUUCAGUUUCUAAUGCAACAAAAUCAACCAAACACGCAUCUCUUACUCAGCAGUAGAUUUCAUACUUACUUAGAAAUUACACUAGCAAGAAGAGAGAAACAAAAAGAAGAAAUACCAUUACAGCAUAGUUUUUAGUUUGCUGUGUGACACAAACAGCAUGCGAUAGAAGCGAUUGUUCCCUAGAAGCGCGUUACCCCCUCUUGAUGCCCCGUCGUGUAGGACAGAAAAGAUGGUAUGUUUAACGAAAUCCCAAGCCAAAUUAACACACACACGGUGAAACAUCAUACUUUCAGUACCUUACAAACAAACAAAAUUAUACAUUUUAAAACCAAAUGAAAAAAAAACAAAAGAAAGGAUUAUUCGUCGGGCAAGAAGUGAAUCGUUGGCAUCCCAGACAGAUUUAUAUGUGAGGGGCUUCUAUAUUCCUGUUUCCUGGGGAAGAGUAACGAUGAACGCAAACAAUCGAUAAACCGUUCGAUUGGGAAACAUGGUGAGAGAAAAGGAGUCAAAAGGGCAGCAAAAAGGGAAAAUGAUACUGAUUGGUCAGUUUGUUUGUUUUUGAAGGUGGACGGUUUUUGUGCAGGAACGUGAUAAGAAUGAUGAUAGGCUCAAACUAUCACACAUUUGGAGGCGCAAAAACUGUGCCUUCCUCUCGGUUGUGUUUUAUAAUUUUAAUGUUUAAUAAUGCUUUCGAACGUUUUGGUUUUGUGACGCUUUCGACGCGGUUUAGUUUUUUUAGUAUUAAGAUGCAUUUCGUUUUUUCGUUUGCUCUUCACAGAACCAUUAUAUACUUGCCUUAAUCAAACCAAAACUUUACUUUUCUCCUGCUGUGUACAGAUAUUGCUUGUUUAUAAUAUUCGUUACACCGUCAUCCUCCACGCACGCAUUUAGAUGCAUUACGAUACACACACACACCCGUUUAGCGAGGAUUGAUAAGAGGAUGCUUGUAUGUUGGAUUGUUGGAACAGGUGAAGCAGGGUGCAAAGCAAUGCAAAUUGUGAGGGGGGGGGGGAUUGAGAAGGUAGAAUGCGGGGGAAAAUGUUGAAUUAGAUGUUUGCAGUUUUAUCUAUACUUUCUUCCUUCUAUUACGUUACACUCGGGAACAGUGAGACAAGUAAGACAGGGACAAACGGGGCAGAGAAGAACUAUUUUGUUUGAUAAAGAUGCGUUUGUGUGUAUGUGUGUACCUUUAUGCUAAGAAAAACUCCCGAUAGUUGUACGAAUGUACUUAAUUUCGAUUUAAACUGAUAUUAAUUUGUUUAAGACUGUCUAUUAUUUGUACCAUACCUAUGAAGAACGAGGGGACUUAUGCGUAGAAAUAGUGCAUGCUUCAGAGGCAGCUUUUAUUUUCUUUAUAUUUUUUUACACUCUUUAAAAAGCAAACAACCAUGAAGUAGUGAAGGAGAGGUUAGAACGAGGUUCAAUCAACAAUAGUUUCAGCAUCAUACGCGUAAUUUACGUACAUGCACAGAAUGGUUCGGUCGAACAGAAAACCAAAAUGUUAUGAUAAGACGUAAGAAGGAGAGAGAAACAACACACAAAAGCAAAGUCUUUAUGAAAAAUCAUCACACGAACAAAAAAAGUCAUGGUACAGCUAGGACAGAUUCCAGCAGAGAUUGAAUUGCUCCCUAAUAAAUCCUUUCGAAUUUAAAAACGCA